AUGUCGUUUUCCUCUCAACCUGGAUGUUCCGCAACGUCUAAUCCGGUUCGAAAACUGAACUCGUCCAUACACAACGGGGCUUUGAAAUCAAUCAAUUAUCGUCCCAAGGCUGUAAGCAGCUCACUUCAGUCAUCUAACGUUCCGACAUCUAAUCUUGCAUCUUCUGAAUCCUCUGCAUUUCAACAUUGGAAAGACUUCAGUCAGUCAAUUAGUCAAGACCAACGGGAUUCUCAACUUAAUUUUACCGCAAGAAACUCUCCCUUAAUUCAAAGUUCUUCCUGGUCUGAAGAGUUUUCAGCCUAUAACCAACAAAGUCAAAAAUCCAUACCACAAUGGCAUUUUGAAUUGAAACACCAGUUAUCAUCCCGAAAUAAUAGUAAUACCUUAAAUUCAAAAAAUGAAUUAAUUAAUACUGCGCCCAUUCCUUUCACACCGCAUCAUUUUCCUUUGGCUGCGUCCUCGACUCGCUCAACUAUGGAAACUACUCAAGUUGAUGAAGAUGAGCUUAUGGAACAGUUUAAUAACGCUUCCUUGCAAUCAAGUAUUUCGGAUAAUGACAACUUUAAGCUAAAUACUCAAGCACAAGCUCCAUUGACCUUGGAACACCUUUGGAGAGAAAGGUUGACUAAUCUACGAACAAAUGGCUUUGAUCCAAAGUCACUUGAAGAGUAUCAAACGCGUUGGGAGGAAUUCUAUGAAGAAGCAAAGAUAAAUUUUCCUUAUUUAAUUGAGAAAAACAGACAGCCGAAUAGUUUCAUAACUAAUGAAAAUGCGUCAAACCAAUAUGCGUACUCUGCACCUGAAAAUACACGGGCAUUGGAUACUGCAAAUUUGAACAAAGAAAAUGAUGAGACCAAAGAAGAUACAUCAAUUGAUGAACAGGUUGAUACAAUCGAUUUAAAAAAACUGAAUUCACUACCCUUGAUAGAAAAUGCUUACGAGAAGGCUCAAAAAAUAUUAGAAAGUAACGGCCCGAUUUGCGAAGCCGCCGUUUUACUAGAGAAGUCUGUCUUGCAGAAUCCUUCGCAUUUAGAAAGUUGGCAGUCGCUUGCUUACGUUCAUACAUUGCUAGGUAACGAAAUGCGGGUUGUGGAAGCUCUAUUAGAAACAAAAAGUUUGAGUUCUGAUCACAUCAAUACCGAAAUGGAUUUGGCAGUAGCCUAUGUGAACCAGGGGUCACGGCAAAGUGCUUUAGCAUGUUUACGCGACUGGCUUUAUGCAUCUCACCCUGAAUAUUCUAGCCGUUUUUCCAGUAUAGAGAGCAAGUUUGAAAAAUUGAAUGUUCCCGAUAGUACAAAAGCUGUACAAGCUUGCUUUCUUGACUUGAUAUAUUUAUUAUCAACAUCCAAGAAAGCUGAUGACAAAGCUCAGACCGGGUUGGGAAUUACUAUGUAUCUUCUAGAUGAUUUCUCGAAAGCGGCUGACUGUUUUCAGAAAGCGACCCAAAGCGAUCCUAAAAACUGUGUUUUAUGGAACAAGUUGGGAGCUUCGCUAACAAAUUCAAAACAAGAAGGAAGGGCAUUAAAAGCUUACAAGCGUUCAUUGGAACUACAGCCUCAGUAUGUUCGCACGCGAUCUAACCUUUCGAUAGCAUGCAUCAAUAUGAGCUGUUACGAAGAAGCAGCUGAGCAUAUCCUAAAUGCCAUUAAUAUCGUUCAGGAUAAACAUGGAAUUCUAACUCAUUGUGAAUCUUGCACAGAGCUCUGGGACAUGCUUCGGAAGGUAUUACUUGUGGGGUACCAAAGCAUGAGCUUGGCCUCAUUAGCAAAACCAGGAUCAAGUACGAGUUCAUUAAGAAAUAAAAUAGAAUCCUAUACAGGAGAGGAUGAAUAUUAUGAAGAAUAA